AUGGGCCGUGGAGGAUUUGGAAACAACGUGUGUCUUGUCUACGUGCAAUUUGCCUCCACCCGCACAGAUCGGGGCAGCGUCAAGUCGAAGCCGGUAGUAGUUUCACAGUUAGCAACGCCGAAGUUUGCGACACACCUUAGCGUGGUGUGCCUUCGACACACGCAAAGCAGCCCGGGCCGCCGACGAAACGCUGACAGCUAUAUCGUUAGAGUGAAAGCCGUGGUUAUGACCCGAGAUGACUCCAGUGGGGGAUGGCUUCCGCAGGAAGGAGGCGGUCUUAGUCGAGUCGGCGUCUGCAAGGUUAUGUACCCCGAGGGCAAUGGAAGAAACGGAUUCCUGAUCCACGGGGAAAGGCAAAAAGACAAGCUGGUGGUACUGGAAUGCUAUGUGAAAAAGGACUUGAUUUACACUAAAGCAAACCCUACGUUCCAUCAUUGGAGAGUUGACAACCGCAAGUUUGGGCUGACGUUCCUAAGCCCUGCUGAUGCGCGGGCGUUUGACAGGGGCGUCAGGAAAGCCAUUGAAGAUCUCAACGAAGGAUCCACGACGUCAUCUUCCACCAUCCACAACGAGACUGAAGUUGGCGAUGACGACGUCUUUACAAACGCUACGGAUAGCUCUUCUAAUUCUUCUCAGAAGAGGGAGCAACCUUUGCAAACACUAGCAUCUCCUCCGUCCUGCGAGCACCAUCGAAUUUGCACCCUGGGACAUAUCCAUGACCAGUUCAGCUCUGACCACUAUCAUCUGGAACAAUCACUUCCAAGAUCUUAUCGGCACGUCAGCUUCCCAGAUGACGAUGAAGAAAUCGUACGGAUCAAUCCACGGGAAAAGAUCUGGGUGACGGGUUAUGAGGACUACCGCCAUACCCCUAUGCGGGGGAAGUACAUCGACCCGGACGAUGGGGACUCGUACGUUCGGUUUGCCAAAGACAAUGCCCCCAAACAUGAUUACACUUACCCGUACGUUGGCAACUCAGACUUUGACCUGGGGGACGAUAUCAAGGGUGCCGUGGUAAAGACUCAGCCUGUCCGGUGCAAACAAGGGCGGUGGAAGGAAGAAGGGGAGAGGUCACGAUGUGUCUACUGCAGGGACAUGUUCAAUCAUGAUGAAAACAGGCGGGGUCAGUGCCAGGACGCGCCAGACCGAGCGAGGAGCUGCAUCCGCCGAGUCAGCUGUAUGUGGUGCGCAGACAGUAUGCUGUAUCACUGCAUGUCUGAUCCCGAAGGAGACUAUACGGACCCUUGUUCUUGCGAUACCAAUGAUGACAAGUUUUGCCUCCGGUGGUUGGCCCUUAUCGCCUUGUCCUUUAUCGCCCCUUGUAUGUGCUGUUAUCCACCUCUGCGGGCUUGUUACCACUGCGGGGUCAUGUGCAGGUGCUGCGGCGGGAAACACAAAGCGGCUGGAUGACGGCACUCGAAGCUUGUGAAGUACUUUACAUUUUUGUCUUUCUUCUUUUUAACUAAGGAGCACCUUGAUCUGGAACAUUCUCAAACGUUAUGUACAUCUGGACACAUCCCCCGGGGAGUCUGACGGAAUCCAGAAACCCAGUUUGGCUCACUCUUUCUCCCCUCUCCCACUUGGCUGCUAUGCAUUGAUUUGCUCACCGAGUUCUAACAGACUAACGUGCAGCGUAGACGUUCGUAUUAUUAAUCUGUAACAGAGCAGAAUGUCCCGUACGUGUUCAUACCUUCUCCCCCUAUCUCGCCCCCGGCUGAGAGAUUACAGAAACAUGGUUGAGUGUGAUGGACUUCUAAGCAUCUCGGGGUUGGUAUCUGUACAUGGCGAGCUUGUUGGGCCCCGGGAAAAUGUAGCGUGAACGGAGAGAAAUCCUACUUCGGCGCGUGUUUAUUAACUCGCAGCCAGUUACUGCUUCUGUGCGAACAGAAAGCGUGCUUGUUCGCUGUGCAUACCAUGACAUAGUAUUGCUGACAAUCUUUCGCUAAACGAUUCGCGCCAGUGGUGGUGUUCUUAAGGGUCCGUUGUCAUUUCUUUCAACAGUCACUUUCAGUGGUUCCCCGGAAUUUCAAUCAAUCAAGUGAAAUAUUCGAUAUGAGCCUUAGUAUGUUUGGGGAAUGGGAACUCUUCAUUUCAGGCCAAUUUUUCGUAUGAAAGGGAAAUGUUGUGUUGUCCUUUCUCCCCCCAUGCCUUAAAUAAAGCUUUAGUGCUGACAUUCUCCACAGUAAAAAUACACUUUACCCUUAGGUGUGUCUGUUUGGAAAUAAUGGGUUGGCAUUACGGGUUAGGAAAUUAACACCCACAUGGUACGCUUGUGGUGUAUCCCAUAGCAUGAAAUACCUCGGGUCUUGACAGAAUGCUCUUGAGAUUUUUUUAAAAGGGUGUGCGUUCCUCUUGUACAAUCGCAGUUCUUCAUGUACACACAUUGGGCAUGAUCCAACCAAACUUAUCAGAAGACGGCAAUCCUGAAAAACUCUUCCCUGAGAGUGUAAACCCCACUGAAUAAAACGGGGCUCACUUCUUAGUAGACCUCCUUAGGGUUUGCUCCCGAACGGCCGUGCUGGAUCACCAAGGGCCCAUCUUGCUUCCACCAUCAACUAGCGAGUUGAUUUCAAGAAGUCCACAACAAGCAAUCGGGGUUUUUUUAAUCCCCACUACUGGCAUCUGCUAUUCCGAGGCUUACCUAUAAAAAAACGUUCCAUUGUUAGGUAUCUUAAUUAAUGGAGCAAUAGGCCAUGAAGUUAUCUAAUGUCUUUUUAAAAAAUAAUAAUAAUUUAAAGCCAUUGUUGGCAGGGAUUUCCCAAGUUAACUAUUGGUUGUGUGAAACCAAGUUUCCUGUCCUGAAUCUAUUGCUAAUCGGUUAACUUCCCUGAUUUUGAGUAUUAGGAGGGGCUGACAGCUCCCCCCCAUAUACACACAUACACCAUUCACAAUUUUACAAACCUUUUUUGCUUCCCCAUCUCUACCACUUAGUUCUCUUCCUUGGAAUUAUAAAAACACUGUGUCCUUGAGCCUUUACCCACAGGGUAGAGACUCCAACUCCUUUUUAGUACCCUUUUUUUCCCAGCUUAGAUGCCCUUUCUGGUUUGGGAGUGACCCGAACUGUAUGCUGUGAAAAUUGUACAGAGGCAUUUCGGUUCUUGGUUGGUUUCCUUUCUUUUUCUUCUCCGAGUCCCUUUCCUAAUUGUCCCGGGAAAGGAAUUUUGCCCUUUUUCAAUGCUGCUGCACACUGUGUUGAUGUUUUCAUGGAGCUUAGUGCCGUGCAGUGUCAUCCUAAACAGAGCGGACCCCUUCCAAGCCUACUGGCUUUGAUCGACCUGACUUUGCUUAGGAUCAGACUGACAGUCCUGCGAUCUUUAGCUCGAGAGUUACUGCCAGUUCAGAGCUGAUUGUGGUGUAUUGAAUGCCCCCCCCCCGGUGUGUUUCAGAAAUAGAUCUCACUAAUUUCUAUGCG